UUUCAUUCAAAAUUCAGGGAAAUAGAAAUAUGAUAACAGACGGUGUUCCGAUACUAUAAUGGUGUAAGAAACUGCAAUCUCCUGUGAUAACAGUUGUCUAAUUCUCUUCAGAACUGAAACUUCUGCACAUCCUCACUUAAAAUCAAGAUUGUUCUAUCGUAUUCUCUACAAACUCAGAACUGAAGUAGAAUUUUUAGAGAAAUUUCCGCGAAUGUUUCCAUUGUUACGUGGGAUUUUUCCAUUAUUCAGCAAUUUAAUUCAGUUAGAAGACCCACAUUCAACUUUAAUUUACUACUUCUGAACUUCUGAAUAUGUGUCUUUGAGUGAAGUAUCCCUAUAUCCAAUAUUAAAAGAUUGUAUUCUACACUGCAUAAAUAAUCAUAUUCUUUUAAAGUAAUAUUAGCUCUCAAUCUGAAAAUUUCAUUCUGUUGUAAAAACGUGCUAUUGUGAUAGUUUUGUACAUGUAUAUAACUUUAACCAUAAUCACUGAUAAAAUUAAAACGAAGUUUAAGAUUUUAUCAAAAUAAAAAUUUCGGUUGUGUUGAAUAUAUGGCAUUACCGUAUAUAGAAAUCAAUUUUUCUAUGGGAAUACAAUAAUGUAAUUUUGCUAUAUUCAGAGUCUCUGGAUAAAUUUUCUAACACAAGUAUUAAUCACAAAAGUUUAUAAACCCCUUUUUUUUUUAUCUCUUCUAUCAUUGAAUCAAUAAAUCACAAUUUUGCAAUAGAAAUUUUCGACACCAAAAUAACAGCUAGUGUACUUAUCAUUUUACACAACCUUUGACAUAUUUCAUUGUUUGUUUGCAGGUGGUUGGGGUUUUUUCCCCCCCUUUUUUUGCUUAUUUCGUUUUGUUGUUUGUUUGUUUUUUGUAGAAAAAAUGUUUAGCAUUUUAAAACUUUUCUUCUCUUUAUGUGUAACAAAAUAUUAACAAAAAUAUGAACUGUAUUCGUUAGAUUUCAUUUUUCUCUCUGUCAUAUUUCAAAUUCGCCGAAUGCCAUAUCAACGUUAUAUUUUACCCGUCCUAAAUCUGCCCAAUAUAUAAAUAAAUGUUUAAGGCAUUGAAAAUAAUCUUUUAAAACAAAUCGCAAAAAUUAGCUCAGUCCACAGCACAGCCUUGUAAACAAAAUAAAUUGCAGGUUUUGGGGGAAGGUGUGUGUGUGUGUGUGUGUGUGUGUGUGUGUUAUCGUGUGGGUGUGUGUGAAAUGAUCGAGGUUUCACCUUUACGAAAAUACAUCUAAUUUAUCCCACAUAAAUGGCGCCGGUUGGGGAAAAGAAAAGAUUACGCAGUCAGACACCCCCCUGUAGAAUGUCCACUUUGCAGUUGGUUUUACUCGGCCUCUUGAUAGCUGUUGUGAUCUGUGACAAACGACAGGGCGUGUUCGGACCGUGCCAGGGCUGGGGAGCAGGCUGUACCAGUUACCAUAGUUACAGACCCAAUCCACAGCCUCCCACCCGAAAAAUCACCAGAAAUGUUCACAAGACGCCCAGUUAUAUGUUUACCUCUGGCACCUCAUGGAAGCCCAUCGGAAAGCGUGGACGUGAUACCAAGAAGAGGACCUCGUGGUUUACCGAUAUACCGUACCUUAGAAACCCCUUCCUCUCCUACCCCCGACUUAAGAGUGGAGCAGGUAGCCGCUUUAAUUCGCUGCACCCCGUGGCGUCCUCACAGCGACACCAGCAGUCAGACCUAGUGGAAGUCUAGUGGUGUAUGUGAUCCCUUUCUCUGGAAGGAACAAUUCUUUUGAGGAAGAACAACGAAUUUCAUUGUUUGAUGGAAAUACAAUAAAAGAGCUCACUCAAAAU